CCUUGCCCUAACUACUUUACCUGCCUAACUGCCAUCUUACCCUCCUGCCCACAGAGCAAGAUGCGCAGCGGUGUGUUCGUGGCCGUGCUGGUGCUGGUGGUCCUCGCUGCCCUCCUCACCCAGGGGCAGGAGCUUCAUGUCCCCGAGCGUGAGGCCGUGGCCACCCUGGCGGCACGCAUCCUGAAGGUGGUCCACGCCCCACAGGACGCCGCCGCAGGUCUCCCUCACAAACGCAACUCUGAACUCAUCAACUCACUGCUCGGCCUCUCUGUAAUUAUGAACGAGGCCGGCAGGCGGUGAUGGGCCCGCCCUUCGCGCCCUUCAAUUUCACCAUUCCUCGCAUCACACAUUUAAUGAAUAAACUUUACAUACAGUUAUAUCAGAAAUACUUGUUUUUUUCUUAUCUUAAUCAUUCCUCCUCCUCAUCCUAUGUAACAAGUGACGGGGGCGCCACCACCACAACACACCGCAAGACUGACCCACACCACGCUGUUCACUAAGCCAAUUAUGGGAUACUUGUAAAUGUCAUUCUGGUGGACAGCAACAAUUCGUGGUAGUGAAGACUGGCACGUGUGGAGAUUGCAAAUAUUCCACGUCAUUCACUAUUGGGUAUCACAUUUAUAUUCCACAACGUCCCGACCGUCAAGUGCUGGCGUGCUCACGGCGCCUUAUGUCUUAGGAGUAACCAAAUAUUCGUCCUUUCGAAGCAAUACUGACAAAAUGCUGGUACAAAUGUUGAGCUAUCUCCAAUACCCUGUUUUUAGUUUCCUCACUUUCAUAUUCCUUAAACGAUUUCCUUCAUAGCAGCACCUUUACCAAACAUUAAUUUUUGUUAUCUUAUGUAGGGAUUUUAUUUAUCAUUUUUAUUUAUUCAUUCAUUUAUCUUCUUUUUUUUUCUAGCUACGCAGGUUUUGAUAACACGCAUGGUCUAUGCAAUGGACAGAAGUACUUGUACUUGGCGUCUUAUUUUGUGUUCUGAAAUAUAAAGGCUUGCCUUUGUAUUUCAGAAAACUUUUGUCAAACUGUUCCUCUUGGAGCUCCUCACUAUAUCGUUCAACAUUUUCUUGAUUUUUUUUUUUUUUACCAUGUGGGCUUUUCACGGGAAUUUAUGGGCUAAAGGAGA